CAGAUCUUGCUGGUGGGGGACACAUAUAAGAGAACGCAGGCUGUGGAAUCAGGCUGAACAUUUCUGUCCAGAUGGGGAUUCUGCCAGCCGCUCUAUUUCCAUUGUGCAACAGGGAAAUGAAGUAACCACAGGAUGGGGACUGAGACCACUGUGCCCACUGUGAGACAGACCUGAGCUAAAAUGCCACGGAUCUCCUGGCCUCCACAAGCAACUCCUCUGACAGCAAAGGGAUGCCAUAUCUUCAGCCCCAUGGUGUGAGGCCCUUUGUCUUUGCUGCUUGUCAGUAUCCUAUCUGGCUGGAGCAACAAGGCCUCCUGCAGCACCUUUGAGACUGCUGUCUUUCACUUAGCAUCAUGUUUUCAAAGAUCAUCUUUGUAUAUCAGGUCUGAAGACAGCACUAAAGGGGAUGCAAACAACAGAAAAAAACUUUCACAGAAAACUAAGAUAUUGGGGAAUGAACACUGCAUUAUUUGGAGGAGGCAGGCAGGAGAGAUAGAGGAGGCAGAAACCAAGGCAGCUGAAAGAAAGACACCUUCAGGUCUCUGAGAAGAAUUUGAAAAUAUCCUUGUUACAUGAGAAAUAUAUUUGCAACUGUCACUUAGCACAGAAAAAAGACUUCCAUCCUUUCUUCUGUCCAUCUCCACCUCAGAAAUGGGACCCAAUGGCAAUUUUAGUAGUAAUGACAGCAACAGCAACUGCAUAAGUGAAGACUUCAAGAAGAAUUUUUAUCCCAUUGUGUACUUGAUAAUAUUUGUCUGGGGAUUCCUAGGUAAUGGCUUUUCCAUAUAUGUUUUCCUGCAGCCUUAUAAGAAGUCCACAUCUGUGAAUGUUUUCAUGCUAAACCUGGCCAUUUCAGACCUUCUGUUUAUAAGUACAUUGCCCUUCAGGGCUGACUAUUACCUCAGAGGCUCCAAUUGGUUAUUUGGGGAUAUAGCCUGCAGGAUUAUGUCCUAUUCCUUGUAUGUCAACAUGUACAGCAGCAUUUAUUUCCUGACCGUGUUGAGUGUUGUGCGCUUCCUGGCAACAGUUCACCCCUUCCGGCUCCUCCAUAUCACCAGCAUCAGGAGUGCCUGGAUUCUCUGUGGAAUCAUAUGGUUCCUUAUGAUGGUAUCUCCAGCAAUACUUCUGAAAAAUGGCUCUGAGGAGAAAGGCAAUGUCACGUCAUGCUUAGAACUGAAUCUCAAGACAGCUCCUAAAUUAAAGACUAUGAACUAUGUCGCCCUGGUGAUGGGCUUCCUGUUGCCAUUUUGCACACUUAGCAUCUGUUACCUGCUAAUCAUCCGAGCCUUGCUAAAGGUGGAGGUCCCAGAAUCAGGGCUGCGGGUUUCUCACAGGAAGGCAUUGACCACCAUCAUCAUUGCCUUGAUCAUCUUCCUCCUGUGUUUCCUGCCCUAUCACGUCCUGCGAACCCUCCACCUGGUUGAGUGGAAAAAGAACAAAUGCAUGGACAAGUUACAUAAAUCUGUGGUCAUCACACUGACCUUGGCAGCAGCCAACAGCUGCUUCAACCCAUUGCUCUAUUACUUUGCUGGAGAGAAUUUUAAGGACAGACUAAGGUAUGCAUUCAGAAAGUGUAAUCUACAGAAAACAAAGUGCAGCUUUCCUAUCUGUGUAUGGUCAAAAAAGGAAACACCAGUGUAAGGUUUUAUUAAGUGAGGCUUGUUCUUGUAUCCUUGUGUCCACCUUCAUUCUCACAUCACCUCCAUAGUGACCCUGUGUGCACAUUCCAACAAAAGUCAAUUCCUAACAUCUGUUGACCAUUAUUUUGUUAAUAGGACCAUCCUUAAAAUUUUCAUUUUGUGUAUUUUCAGUUGUUGAGUCUAAAUGAAGAAUGAAGGAGGAAAAAUCUCUAUUAGACUCUUUAACCUGAAAUGUUAGACUGGGAAAAAAUAUUGAGCACUGUAUACUGAACCAUAUUUUUGGUCUACCAGGCAUUCCAAAUUACUAAUUUUAAGAUAACCUUAACUUCCCUCAGCUUCUCCAAUUCUUCUUCCCUUUUCAAUCCCUGGAGAUAUAGCCAAUUAACAAAAUUACUGGAGGCCCAGAGCAUAUAAGAAAAGCACCCUAAGAUAUGAGGAGAAAGACUUUGUGAUAAGGAAGCCUGCUUUCUAAGAAAGCAGAGUCAAGGUCUCAAAUAAGAACAGUGAAAGCAAAAGAAGGCGAAGUCUUAGGGCAAGAAAGAUCUGGUAAGAAGGUGGAGGAAGUAGGGACUUCAUUUUGCAUUGAGGGAGUGCUGUAGCACACUGAAGGCAAAAAUGUUCCCUUUGUCUCUCUCUUUCUAGGAGAUUAAGAAGGACAGGAAACACAAGAAGAAGACCUAGGGCAUUACUCUAGGGAAUGGAAAGGUUGUGUGGAAUAGGGGGAAAUUUAACUUUACUCUUGAGGUUUGUUUUCAAUGACUUCACUGAAGUUCCCACUUCUGUCUGAUAAUCCAUUGGGGUGAGAGCUAGAAUUGAGGUGCCUCUGAAGGGCUCCUUGGGGUACCAUGAUAACUUUAUAAACAUUCUUGGGGUUAAGUCUCAGCACUAUCACCUCUACAGCGUGAGUUCAAUUCCCAGCCAGGGAGCUAACCCACAUGGCACAGCAGACCUCUCCUGUCUCACCUGCUGCUCCCCUCAGCAGUGUAUUUCAGUAGAUCUUCCUGUUCUGCUCCCCACUCUGUCUGGUGCAUCCUCUCAACCCUCGUGCUUCUGGCCUACACCCCAAUUCUUCUGUGCAAGAAAACAAACAAAAAAAAACAAUCUGACAGAACAUGAGUAGGGUGCCAUGGAAUUUCCUUUUGAGAGCACUGGAUGGUGGGAGGGGUCCUUUCUGUGCAAUGAAACAAGGCUAAGGAUACUACUAACUUAACUAUCAUCAUCAUGACCACUGUCCUGCCAAUAGUGAGUGCCCUCUUCAUGCUGGAUGGACUGUGCCAGCACCUCGCACUCAUUAAUAUAUCUUAACCCUCAUACUAAAGCCCAGUGUUUCCAUUUUAUAGAUGAGGAAGCUGAAGUUCAGAGAAAUUAAGAAACUUAUUCAAAUUCACACAGAUAGUAAGAAUUUUAACAACACCAGUGCAGAAUGUUGACUGGACACUAACCUUACUGCUAGCCCUGAAAACCUCCAGGAGGGUUGGUUGAAAGUCUAAGUGAAAGCGCCUUUCUCCACCAAGCCCCUACCUCUUCUCACUAUCACUGAAUACUGAGGUUUUCACUUUAGAGUUGUUGACUGUUGGCACUGGAGGGUGGGAGAGAGAUGGUAUUUGAAGCCAAGGAGGGACUAAAUUGAAGACUUCAUAGUAAAGUGUCUCAGUGUUCUUCCCUCCCUCAGGAGCCAGAAGCCUAGAGGAUCUUUUUGGUAGAAAAUGUCCAGUCAUGAAAAAUUACCAACAGGUAUUGACAGUGGAGAUUACCCUAAUAAAAAUAGGUCUCUCACCUACUCUUUACUUGACAGUAUAGGGACACUAAUCCCUUCCUCUCAAAGCCUUUAACCAACCAAUUAGAGCCUCACUUUUAAUAGGGAUCAAUCAAUGACUACUACGUGUUGGAGGAAAAAGCCUAAACAGGAAGCGUGCCAACAAAUAAAAGAGCCAACAAGAGCCAACAAGGGACAUUUUCAGUAUGAAACAUCUUAACUUUUUAAAAUCACUUUUGCAGUUUUUAUCAGAUAGUACUGGAGGAUGUGCUCCUCUAAAAUAAGAGAUUAAACCAUGAUAGAGGAGAAAUAUGGCAUCUAGAAAAUAAGGAAAACAACACAGUAGAAAGAUGAAGAAAAUUCCCAGGAUGUUUGCGUAUAGCAGAGUAAUAAGAAACUGAUUUUCACUUUGGGAGGUAUUUACGUUUUUCUUGGAGAUAAACGUGGAGAUCUUGGAAUGGAUAUCAAAAAAUAAAUGAAAAGAUUGUCAUUACUAGAUCCUAGGGCCAGAGAAACUGUUGUGUAAGAGAGAAAUAUAAUUGUAGCACACUACAUGGCUCAGUUGUGAAUAGCAUUUACAUACAGGACAAUGUAAACAGAAAAACACUGAUAAAACUUCUCUCAAAAAAUGAGGGGCAGGGAUAAGUACGCAAGCGGGAAGGGAUAAGAAAUCUAAGCCCCCAUCUUACAUUACUGAAAAUGCUUAAUAGUGAAAGUUAAACAAUGAUGUAUAAAAAAUGUUAUUUAGCAACAGCUAAACUGCAGAACAAUGAUAAGAAUUGACAGAGAUUGCAUCUGGAGGGAAACUGAGGUGGGAAGUUUUGGUGGGGACUUUUCCUUUUAGGAACUAUUUCAUUGUCUAACUUUCAAAUAUGUAUUGCUGAAAUGAAAUAAAAAUUAAG